AUGGCCGCUGACAAGAGGAAUAUCCGCAACUUCAUUCUGACAUGCUUGCGCUACGCAAUCGAGGCUGGGGCCACAGGGCUCGUGAUGCCACAGAUCGAGACAAGGUCCGAUUCUGACCUCGCAGAGCUCUUCAAGGGAUAUAGGCCCUUCAGUUAUUUCUUCAAUGAGACUCAUUUCCGAGACGUUCUCACUACCAGCUGCCCCCAGAUCACCAUUUAUAACACUGUCGACGAUGUGCCAAAUCUCAAGAAUACCAGACCUGAGAUGGUCACCCCUAAGCACUACGGACUUCGAGGUGGCUGUGACCGAAGGGAUCUGAACCGACACACGGAUAUGUUUGGGCCACGUUUCCGGGAUUGGCUCGAGGAGACGGCUUCACGGUUCAAAAUUCAUCCCCUGAGCACUGCCCACCCGCGCCUUGUCCGACUCAACUGGGGCGUACAGUGGGAGUGGCCAGUGUGGAAAGACGGUCCCGAAUUUGCCAACUCUUUUGGCACCAUUUUAAGGUUCCGCCAAGAUCUACUGGACAUGGGUACCAGGGCAGUGCUUGCCACGCGCCGCCUUGCCACCGGUGGACAAGGCGAGUACCUUGGGGCUCACCUCAGGACAGAGCAUGAUGCUCUGAAGGGAUGGCCUGACUUUAAGAAUCAAAGUAUGGCAUACUUGAGAGAAGGAGACAAGCGAGGGCACAAGACUGUCUAUCUUGCGACUGGGAAUUCUACCGAGGCCUCGAAGUUCAAGGCAAAAGCCCGCUCUCAGUAUCGCAUGCGCGUAGUCACCAAGAACGAGCUCUUCGAGUUCCAGAAGGAUGAUCUGCAGCUUCUACGAUCGUUAAGCUGGGACCAACAGGCGCUUGUCGAUUAUAUAGUCCUUUUGGGAAGCAGUUACUUUGUGGGCGUAAGCCCAAGCUCUUUCAGCAUGAGUGUAGCACUGAAGAGACAUCUGAAGACGGGAGGUCUAUACACCCGACCUUGGAGGGUCGGUCGCGAUGGCGAUGGCAGAAGCUGUCUUGUCGGCAGAUAUGACAGCUACUGGGAGGACUGGUUAUUUAUCCCUGUCGCCAUGCAAGCCCACUCUCAAAGCUCAGUUCCGGACUCGUCCGCCAACCCCCUCGAGCAUAUUGGUUCGAGGAUGAAUCACGAGGCCUUCCUUGCCGUCACAACAGUCCUUGCCUUUCUCGCCGCCACCUACGUCGGCGCAUGGAUCGUGUACGCAUACCGGCUCAAUAAAAAGAUUCGCUCGCACCGGCCGCAGAUACGAGAUUCGCGCGUGACGGCCACUCCAGCUAUGAUUCCUACGGCAAAGCAGCUGGUUGUCCAUCUACAAUCCGGCUAUGCAUGGGUAAAGUACCAAGGAAACUUUGGAAGAGAUCCCAUUCUCCUGGAAGCCUUGGGCUUCUCGGCGGCUUUCGUUCACCGCACAGCUCUUUCCAACCUUUGCCAGUCCACUCAACAAAAGUCGCAGCCCGGCACUCCGGUCGCUCGAAGGAGCACUCUCAGCAUCUCAGACCUUGCAUCGAAACUCUUCAAGUCGUGA